AUGAACCCUCUACCAAAUGUCAAAACUACUGCAGCAAAGUGUUAUGUUUGGGUUAAAAACAACCCAAUAUUAGCAGUAUUGGAUUCAGUAGUCAUAGCAAAUGGUGAUCGACAAAGAGCCCUAGGAAAAGUAACAAAUGCCAAAUUAAUGAUCAGAAGCAUAAUAGUUCCUACUAGUUUUCAAAUAAUAGACUCUCCAGACAAAAUCCUGUUGCUAGGCAUCAAUCGGUUUCAGAAAACAAGAGACAACAAGUUAGAAAUACCACAAGAGCAUAAAACGUAUAGUAGUGAUGGAGAGGACUUCUUCGAUAUAUAUAAAAGUGAGAAUGAUGUUAAGGAAGUUGAAGAAAUCCAACAUGAAAUUAAUACUGGUGAUGUCAGACUAAUCCGACAACCAGCAUAUCAUAUUACUCCAGAUGAGCAGGAAUUUCUAGAUAAAAAAAUAGAAAAGCUACUAGAAAAUGGAUUAAUAUAUGAAGACAAAAAGAACUUAAACAAGUACUUUGAACAAGAAAGAUGUCACAGAGAGCUUAUACAGCAGUUGAAUGAUAAGUUUUAUAGGGAAACAACUUGGGCAUAUCGGAAUAGAUAUUUUAGUAAGCCUGAAGCAGAUGAGGGAAUAGGUUUGUCUAAUAAAGAUGAAGUAUGGAAUCCUAAAGAAAUGUUUUAUAGUGCCAUAAUUGAUUCUGAAAACCCAGAAUGGUCACUACCUUUAGACGAUGACACAAAUAUGGAUUGGGAAUAA